UCAUUAAUUACCAGUCCAUUGAAUCAUAAGAACCAAUCCUCACUCACACACACCCUUUAAUCAUGUCACAUCCUCCCUCUAUCCCCUUUGAAAAUUGAAAAUUCUUCGUUUUUUUUGUCUUUGCUUUGAGGUGAUGAAAAAGACUUGAAUGUCUCUGCUCUGCUCUUUCUUUUGAUUUUGAAACAACAAUGGCAUCAAUUCUCCUUCCUGCCUGAAUCCAGAUUCCGGAGCUAUUGCUCGCCAUAACAUGAACAAGCCUUACGCAUUAAACCUGGCUUUCGCCUUCGCCUUCACUUUGGCUUUCCUCUGUUUUACAACGUCUCUGUGUUCAGCUCAGAAUGACACCCAAGUGCUUACUCUGUUCCGCCUCCAGACCGACGCUCAUGGCUAUCUCCUCUCUAACUGGACCGGAGGCGACGCCUGCUCCCCCACCUGGCGCGGCGUCUACUGCUCCCCCAACGGUCGAGUCGUCGCCCUUUCUCUCCCUUCCCUCAAUCUCCGAGGACCUAUUGACUCGCUCUCAUCGCUUGUGCACCUUCGCCUCCUUGACCUCCACGAUAAUCGUUUAAACGGCAGCAUUGCGCCUCUCUCCAACUGCAGCCGCCUCAGGCUCCUUUACCUCUCUCACAACGACUUCUCCGGCGAGAUUCCGCCGGGAAUAGCAUCUCUUAAGCAUCUACUGAGGCUUGCUUCUGACAACAACAUCCAUGGUCCAAUUCCCAACGAACUGUCAGCGUUAACUCACCUUCUCACGCUUCGCUUGCAGAACAAUGUGCUCUCUGGGCAAGUUCCGGAUCUCUCUGUUUCGCUCGUUAAUCUCACAGAGCUCAAUUUCACCAACAACGAGCUCUACGGACGCUUACCUGAUGGAAUGUUGAAGAAAUUCGGCGACAGAACCUUCUCUGGGAACGAAGCUUUGUGUGGCUCAGCCCCAUUCCCGAUAUGUUCCUUCACAGACGGCCCUCCUUCUGCAUCACCGCCGCAGAUAGUUCCUUCAAACCCAAGUUCGUUGCCUGAAUCUCAAACAAGCAUAAUUGUCACACCCAAAACCCAACGGCGAAAGGGGUUAAGCCCCGGAGCUAUAGUAGCCAUAGUGGUGGCGAAUUGCGUGGCAUUGUUGGUGGUAACCUCUUUCAUCGUGGCUCACUGCUGCGCAAGAGGACGAAGCUCAAACUCGAUGAUGGGAAGUGAAAAUGGGAAGAGAAAAAGUGGCAGCAGUGGAUCCGGAAGCGAGAAGAAGGGGUACGCCAAUAAUGGGGGUGCAGAUAGCGAUGGGACUAGCGGCACAGACCGAAGCAGGCUCGUGUUCUUCGACCGUAGGAAUCAAUUUGAGCUGGAGGAAUUGCUGCGAGCAUCGGCGGAGAUGUUGGGAAAAGGAAGCUUGGGAACGGUUUACAAGGCGGUGCUUGAUGACAGUUCUACUGUGGCGGUGAAGAGGCUUAAGGACGCAAACCCAUGCGCCAGGACUGAGUUCGAGCAGUACAUGGACAUCAUCGGAAAGGUCAAGCACCCCAACAUUGUCAGAUUCAGAGCAUAUUACUAUGCCAAAGAAGAAAAACUUCUUGUCUAUGAUUAUCUCCCCAACGGAAGCUUGCAUUCUCUUCUUCAUGGAAAUCGAGGUCCGGGAAGAAUUCCACUAGAUUGGACCACAAGAGUAAGCUUGGUGUUAGGUGCGGCAAGAGGGCUGGCUCGUAUUCAUGCAGAAUACAAUGCAGCAAAAAUACCUCACGGAAACGUCAAAUCUUCGAACGUGCUUCUUGACAAGAACGGCGUCGCUUGCAUCUCCGACUUUGGCUUGUCCCUAUUACUAAACCCUGCUCACGCCAUUGCAAGAUUGGGCGGAUACAGAGCACCAGAACAAGAACAAGUGAAGAGGCUGUCUCAGCAAGCAGACGUCUACGGUUUCGGAGUCCUACUGUUGGAAGUUCUCACAGGCAGAGCUCCUUCGCAGUACCCUUCUCCGACCCGACCCUCGGUCGACCAAGAAGAACAGGACGUGGAUCUUCCCAAAUGGGUUCGUUCCGUCGUGAAGGAAGAGUGGACAGCGGAAGUGUUUGAUCAAGAACUGUUGCGUUACAAGAACAUAGAGGAAGAGCUGGUUUCAAUGCUGCAUGUGGGGUUGGCUUGUGUGGCUUCACAGCCAGAGAAGAGGCCAACCAUGGCGGAAGUGGCUAAGAUGAUAGAGGAGAUAAGGGUGGAACAAUCUCCAUUAGCAGAGGACUAUGAUGAAUCGCGUAAUUCACUUUCACCAUCCCUCGCGACCACCGAAGAUGGCCUCCCUUGACCGUAUUUUGCUUUGGCAUACAUGCUACUCUACUUACGUCCCCGUUUCAGUACUACUCCUCACUGUUAGGUUAGCCGUUGCAUAAUCUCGCUGCACAUCACUCAUGGACUUCGCUAGAUCCUCCGAAUUGUGUCAAUUUAUGUGUUCUUUUGCCAAAAUUUGCCAGCUGUGUACUUGAAGGGUUGCGUGUAGAAAAAUCUGAUAAUCUUGUGUUUCAGGUUAGAAUAAGUAUUAUUUACUUGAAUUGUACAAUCUAUAUUUGACGUUUGCAUCGGUCUGGAAGACAUAACUUGCUUAAUUCUAUGGCUCAAACGGUUACAUUCUCA